ACAGCCAUUUUUCCUCAAACACAAACAAGACGAGCAAGCGAGCUAUAAAAAUAUUCGCAGCGAAUGUUGGUCUGUAGAAAAUACAAUUAAUCAAACGUGGUUGAUUGAAGAUCUGUACAAUACUGUUGCAAGAGAGAACUUGGAAAUACAUGGGUUGUAGAGAAAUACAUGCCUAUGUUAUACAAAAUUGAAUUGAGCUACUUUUCAAUUUAAUCAACAACAAAAAAUUGCAUCUACCGCGUAGCGAGAUUGCAACUGGCUAGCUGGCUACAUAGCUGGCUAGCUAGUGUGAUACGUCUGCAACGAAAGGUAUUUGCAAGAGAGGAAGAAGAGAUACUAUUUCAAACAACGCAGGCAGGGGACGGAUCGAGAGAAGUGGAGUUGGAAAGAAGUUAUUGUUCUCUUCCCGUGCAUCUCUCGUAGACACCUCUGCCUCACCGUCAUUAUCAUGAUUAAGUCAUCUUACUGCGAUCAUUGACAUUAUUGGUGCUAGUCUUAGUUCCCGUUUGAUUUUAAGGGAGCAUACGUCACAUUUCGCCAUUCCACCGACCACAUUCCCACUUCCCUUAUUCUGAACCUGGCAGCUAUCAGCUCUUCGUUGCUAAAUUGUGACCAGAGCCCAUCGACUCUAAACCACUGCACACAGAACAACCAAGUAGCCUUUAACCUAACAUCUUAUCAGGACCACACUGGUCCUAUCCUUUCAACUAGAAGCCUUGAGCUCCUGGGUUAAUAGGAGUAUGACUGCAGAGACUCUUAACUUCGGCCCAGAAUGGCUUCGUGCACUAUCCCGAGGGGGCCACAUGACCUCCCCCCCUACCUCUCCAGCAAUGCCAAAGUCCAAGCUGGCCGAUUACCGCUAUGGCCGCGAGGAGAUGCUAGCACUUUAUAUCAAAGAUAACAAGGUCCCAGAAGACAUGCAGGAUAAGGAGUUUGCUGCCAUCCUUCAGGAUGAGCCUGUGCAGCCGCUGGCUCUGGUCGCCCUCACAGAGGAGGAGCAGAGGAACUUCUCCAUGUCUGUGAACAGCGUAGCCGUGCUGAGGCUCAUGGGAAAAGGAGGCGGGGCCUCCCCUGUGGGCGUGGCCAGGGGCCGCGGAGGCAUUCGAGGAGGCAGAGGACGAGGAAGGGGCGAUGGUGCGUUCUACCAAAGAGGACCAGAGGAGGGGGAGGUGGGAUUUGGACGCGGCCGAGAGGUGCAUCGCAGCCAGAGUUGGGAAGACAGAGGUGAGCGGCGCUUUGAGAAGCCAAUCAGGCGUGAGGUGGUGCGCCCCGCCUUCGAGGAGGCGGGUCCGCUGGGCAGGAAGGACUUUGGGCGCGCCGACAGCGACAACUGGCGCAGCCUGAGGGAGGAGCAGCAGCUGCAGCUGCAGCAACAGCAGGAAGAGGAGGAAGAGGGGGCGGAGCCAGGGGGGAACUGGAGGAUCGCUGGGUCCAGACGUGAUGACGGAGGCCCUCGCUCGGCCGGCUGGCGGGACCACGGCGGCCGCCGGAAGUUCGAGUUUGACUUCCGUGAGGGCGAGGGGGGUGGGGGGGGGCGCAGGCGCCGGGGCAGCGAGGGGGGGGAGGACGACAGGGACGGCCUCCCUGAGUGGUGCACCGACGAGGAGGACGGAGAGAUGGGAACCUUCGACGCCUCUGGAGCCUUCAUGUGUAUUAAGAAGGGUUUGAAGGACGCCAUUCCUGAAGACCAGGAGCUGGAGUUUGGGGCUUUGGAAGAAGAGGAGGAGGAAGAGGAGGAGGAGGAAGAGGAGGGCGAGGCCUGUCAGGGAAGCAAGGACAACUUCUCAGAGAAAGAAGAGAGUAAAAACGUGUGUGAAGGAGAGGACACCCGCAGGAGCCCUCCUCCCCCCCCAGCGCUGUCAGCCCCUCCCUGCCUGGACCUUCCUCCUGGCCGAUGUGCCCCCGAGCCCGCCCUGGCGUCCAUCUCCCAGCCCCCCAAAAUCAGCCACCACGGAGGUUCAUCUCCAGGCGGUGGUGCCCAGCUGAGCCCAGAUCCCCCCACCUCCUCCGGCCUCCUGCCUCCUCCUUCCUUCGCGGCGUCUCUCCUCUCCUCCAGCGCGGGGGAGGCAGAGGAGGACGAGGGCAUGAAGCACCUGCAGCAGGAAGCUGAGAAGAUGGUCGCGUCUCUCCAGGACACCUCUCUAGAGGAAGAGUGCUUCACUCAAGGCUUGCAGGACGCCCGAAACCUCUCCUCUCACCCCCACCCCGCCGCCCACUCCCACCCCGCCUCCCACCCCCACCCCUCCGGACACACCCUCUCCGCCAGCGCCCUGCCCCUCUCCAGUGAGGCGGCCAUGAAGUGGUUCUACAAGGACCCUCAGGGAGAGAUCCAAGGGCCCUUCUCCACGGUGGAGAUGUGCGAGUGGUUCCAGGCGGGCUACUUCACCAUGACGCUGCUGGUGAAGAGGGGCUGUGACGAGGGCUUCCAGCCCCUGGGCGACGUCAUCAAGAUGUGGGGGCGUGUCCCCUUCUCCCCCGGCCCCUCCCCCCCACCCCUGCUGGUACGACAGCCCCCUCCACCCCGGGCGUCCUCUGGGAGCAUGGACCAAGAGCUGUUGAAGAAGCAGUUAGAGCAGGCAGCUACUGCAGCGUUGUACCAGCAACUCCAGAUGAGAUUCCAGCACAUGAACAGGGGUGGAGAGUCUGGCCUGAUGAACAGGUCAAUGUCAGUUCCAGAUAAUGGGCCCAUGUGGGACAUGCAUACCUCAGCCUCCCAAACAUCAGCAGGUGAGGCCAACCUCUGGGACUUAACCAUGAGUAACUCCACUCAGGGGCCGUCCCUGGAGCAGCUUCAGAAGCUCCAGGACAGGCGCGAGGCAGAACUCAGGGCCAAGAGGGAGGAGGAGGACAGGAAGAGGAGGGAGGAGAAGAGGAGGCAGCAGGAGGAGCAGAAGAGGAGGGAGGAGGAGGAGCAGCUGUAUCGUCGGAAGCAGCAGUGUCGCCAGCAGCAGGAGCUGAUCAUGAAGCUGUUGCAGCAGAGCCAGGCCCCUGGCUGUGGCCCCUCCGGGGGGGGCUGGGGCGGGGGCCCCUCAGGGCUCUCCAAGCCGGGGAAGAGCCUCAGUCUGCUGGAGCUGGAGACGGAGAGACUGCUGAAGCAGCAGAGGGCCCAGCAGCAGAGAGACAGGCACGGAGGCCUGACGAUGGGCCAGUGGGGCGAGGGCAGUGGGGGGAUGUGGUCCAGCGGGAGCAUGGAGGCCAAAGGCAGCUCUGGAGGGAUGAGCGUCUGGGAGGAAGCCCUGAAGAACCAGAACAGCCUCCGCAACAUGGGCAUGAAGAACAGCCGCAGUAGCCCCUCGCUCAGUGAGCAGUACAUGCUGCGGAGGAAGCGCACGGAGGAGGAGGACAAGCUGCUGAAGCUGCUGCAGGGCAUCAAGCAGCCUCAGGACGGCUUCACCACCUGGUGUGAGCAGAUGCUGCACGCCCUCAACACCUCCACCACCAGCUCCUCCUCCGCCCUGGACGUGGCUACCAUCGUGGCCUACCUGAAGGAGGUGGAGUCUCCCUACGAGGUUCAUGACUUCAUCCGCUCCUACCUGGGCGACACCGUCGAAGCCAAAGAGUUUGCCAAGCAGUUCCUGGAGCGCCGUGCCAAACAGAAAGCCAACCACCAGAGACAGCAGCAACAGCAGCAGCAGCAGCAGCAGCAGGUGCAGCAGCUUUCAAAAGAAGUUGCCGGCUUGUCGAUGAACAACUUUCCUCUGCAGUCCAUGUUCCAGUCUGCUCAGAUGGGGAAGGGAGGCCUGUAUGACGGCCAGGGAGGGAAGAUGAAGAAGAAAUCAAGCAUGAUGCUCCACUCUGACCCCAGCAUCCUAGGAUACUCGUUCCUGGGUGCCGGAGACAGGAUGAACCUGGGGGAGAUGGAAACCGUGGAGGAUUACUGAUCCAGCCGUAUCUACCUGAAUCCACCUGAGGCCUUACACCUGGAACACACACACACACACACGACGAAUGUGCACUGCUGAGCUCCUCUGCCCCCACGUGCCGAGAAGCAGGUGAAGCAGGUUCCCCUCCACCCUCUCACCCUCCCUGAGGGGAAGGAGGAUGGAGGAGAGAUCCUCCAGCACUUAGUUAAGCACCUUAAACAAAACUAAUGCACUUUACUAACAGGGCAUUUCAAUAUUUGAAAUGAAGUUUCGCCUGUUUAUAUAUAUUUUUUUUCUCCAUGUUAUUUUUUGUUUUGUUUUUUUGUUGUCUUUUUAGGAUGCAAAAUGUGCAUAUGUUGCAUUUAUAAUGUCUACAAAUAUGAAUCUAUACUUGAGGAUGCGCGAGCAGACAGGCCUUUAGUACGGAUCUGAAGCUGGCUCCUCCACAGUCGCAGUGAAGAUCUGGGGGGAUGCAACGGUAGUUUUUUUUAGAGAGUAUAUUCUUUUUUGAAAGAGACACUGUUGUUUUUUAAAUCGAUAUAAAAUGUAAAGCUAUAACAAAUACGAAUUUUAUUAAGAAAAGAAAAAAACUUGAAGGUUUGCACUUAGAAAAACAAAGGAGUAGUUAGUUGGGUGGUCGUCGUGGAGACGUUCGGUGACCGCCAGUGUACCUUGUGUGGCCGAUUUACAGCCUGCACAAUUUUUUAUUGCUUACAGAGAUGCAUAAAAGGCCAUGUUUUUACUUUUAUCCAUUGUUAUCUUUUUCUCAAAAAGAUUCUUUUUUUUGUUUUUGUACUUUGUGAAGAAUGUAUGCAAUUUCUGCCCAUGUCAGAGUGAAUGAUUGGUAGCCAAUCGGUGUGCGCGUGCGCGUCCUGUUCGGUUCUGCUCAUGAACGUUUUGAGGACGGAGGCCAUUUUGCUUUGUGGUUCCACCCCGUCGCCCCCGCCUGCCCCCCCCCCCCCCCCCCCCCCCCACAGGAAAUGCCCGGUCGAAGGUCUACGUUGGAAAUCCUGUUUACGCCUGAGUGUUUGCUGGCCUCCACUCGUGUCAUUGGUGCUUACUGCCUCAACGGUCCUCCCUGUGCCACGAGGCUCUGGGAGGGUGUCUGGAAGCAGGCUUAGGGAUGAAAGGUAGACCCACCCCCCCCCACCACCACCACCCCCCUCUGGUGUAUUCAGCUGCAGUUCAGGCCCUCUCCCGAAAAAAUAUUUUGCUCUCGGUAAGAGUGCCCUGUCACCUUACCUCUUUGUUCUCUUUGUUGUGGUUGCGGAGCAGAGAGAACCCUCCCCUUCCCCAAGGGCAUGUUGUUGCCUUGUACCUUCGUGUCAGUGUUUUGGUCUGUGUUACCUGUUGUCUUGCGGGCGAUUGGCCACAGCAAGCGUGUGAAUUCGGAACUCUUGAGAGUAGCUCUUUUUUUUUUUUUUACGUCUGAAUCGAAUGUUUGAAUGACUUCUAAACAAAGUGAAAAGUAUUUGGACUUGGUAUAUGGAGCACUUUUGAGGCUGCUACAUUAUUGUAUGUUGUUCAUAUUGUGUGUCUGCCUCUAUGGUAAUUGUUCUUCUUUGAACCUUUUUUUUUUUUUUUUUUUUCACAAGAAAAAGAAAGAAAAAAUGAAUGUAUUCCAAAAAUGAAAGAAAUGCAGAACAGUUCAUCGACACUUCAAACAAGUUGUUCUAAAAGGAUUUGAGGAGAUUAAGAGGGAAGAAAUAUUCCCUGAACGUGAAAUACUGUACAUGUAACAGAUCUGCAUGCCGCUGAACACACUGCCUUGUUAGAUGCCUUGGAAUCAGAAGAACAUCUCUGAGCCUACGACAUGUUGGGUUAAUCAACAGACAGACUGUUCGAGAAAUGGAAA